AUGAAGCCCAACCCAGCGGGCUCCUCCCCAGAGCCCUGCAAAGACGCAGGCCGGGCAGCGCCGCAGAAGUCUGAAGCCACAUCUGUGCAGGCCCCUAGGCAGAAGGUUCUGGUGACCGGAGGAGGUGGCUACCUGGGCUUCAGCCUGGGUUCCAGCCUGGCCAAGAGUGGCACGUCUGUCAUCCUGCUUGACCUCCGCAAACCCCAGUGGGAGCUGUCCCCAGGGACCGAGUUCAUCCAGGCUGAUGUCCGAGACGAAGAAGCCUUGGUCCGCGCCUUCGAAGGGGUGGACUGCGUCUUCCACGUGGCCUCCCACGGGAUGUCCGGUGCUGAGAAGCUGCAGAAAGAGCAGAUUGAGUCUGUAAAUGUUGGCGGCACCAAACUGGUGAUCGAUGUGUGUGUCCGCCAGCGGGUCCCAAGGCUCGUCUACACCAGCACCGUCAACGUCGUUUUCGGCGGGAGGCCCAUAGAACAGGGUGAUGAGGACUCUGUGCCAUACGUCCCACUGGAGAAGCACAUGGACCACUACUCCCGGACCAAAGCCAUUGCCGACCAGCUGACCCUCAUGGCCAACGGGACGCCUCUCCCAGGAGGAGGCACUCUGCGGACCUGUGUGCUCCGGCCCCCAGGGAUCUACGGCCCCGAAGAGCAGAGGCACCUGCCCCGCGUGGCGGGCCACAUCAGGAAGAGGCUGUUCCUGUUCCGAUUCGGGGACCGCGGGACGCGGAUGAACUGGGUCCACGUGCGCAAUCUGGUGCAGGCGCACGUGCUGGCGGCCGAGGCCCUCACCGCCGCCAGGGGCUACGUGGCGAGUGGGCAGGCGUACUACAUCAAUGACGGGGAGAGUGUCAACAUCUUUGAGUGGAUGGCCCCACUGUUCGAGAAGCUGGGGUACAGCCAGCCUUGGAUCCAGGUGCCUACUUCCUGGGUCUACCUGGCAGCCGCCCUGAUGGAGAAUGUGCACCUGGCACUGAGGCCCAUCUGCAGCCUCCCCCCGCUGCUCACCCGGAGCGAGCUAGAUGCCUGA